AUGCACUACUUCACUUUACCUUCAUCCUCUGCGAUCAGGCCUUCCGUGGUACCGGAAGCCGGAAAACCUGUCGCUUGCGAUAGUCGUCACAGCGAGCCUCAGUGCUGCCACUGUGGCUGGCGAGGCGCUCAUGCGCCCGGAUGUCCAUUCAAGUAG